AUGGUUGGUCAAGGGUCAUUCACACGGCGUAGACCGGAUCUCGAGUUCUAUUUGAACCGUGUCUUUCGCAAAAAGUCAUUUCGCCCACUCCAGCGGGAGGUCAUCACAGCAGUUGUCGAGGGUCAUGAUGUGUUCCUCCAAGCAUCUACCUCUUUCGGAAAAAGUCUGUGCUUUCAGUUACCCGCGGUCAUCAACAAUGGGUUAACUAUUGUCAUUUGUCCUCUCCUAGCUUUGAUGAUGGAUCAAGUCAAUGCUCUUCAGGCUAUAGGAGUAGCAGUUUCGACUAUCAACUCCAACACACCAUUAGCAGAACGGCGUUUAAUUCUAGAUGAUAUGCUCUCAGGACACCCCCGUACACGCCUUGUUUACGUGACUCCUGAGCUAUGUCAAACAGACAGCUUUCGAAGAAACCUCCAAGUGGUGCAUCGACAAGGGCAACUUGCUCGUAUUGCCAUCGACGAGGCCCACUGUAUCAGCGAAUGGGGCCAUGACUUUCGUCCAGCUUACCAGGAGCUGGGAUGGUUCAAAAAGAACCUAGUCGACCCAGAAGUCCCUAUCACAGCCCUGACAGCUACAGCCACGCCGAGGGUUCGCACAGAUAUCAUCAACAUGCUAAAUCUCAAUCCAACCCAACUCAAACUCUUCAACACCCCAUCCGCCCGCCCAAAUAUCCACUACGAGGUCCGGUACCUUGAAGACUGUGGCGAAGACGGUGGCGAUCAGGUAGAAAACUUACUUAAAUAUCUUCGUGCUAUCAAGAAGAGGAGAGAAGCCCGUUUGGGUGCAGAAGAAGCGGCUCAGCUACCCCCAAUUUCUGGCAUUGUGUAUGUCGGACUACGUGCCAUAUCCGAACACCUCGCAAGCUGUCUAUCCCAAGAUAAAAGCAUUUCUGCCGUGGCAUACCACGCAGGACUAGCGCCACAAGAACGAACACGCAUCCAAUCACUGUGGACCGCACCACCAUCCCAGAAAACAAACAACGGUAAACCACCACCUACUUUCUCCAUCAUAGUCGCCACAAAUGCAUUCGGUAUGGGAAUUGAUAACUCCUGCGUCCGAUUCGUGGUCCAUUGGACACCACCCCGCAGCUUCGAAGGCUUUGUUCAAGAAUCAGGUCGAGCAGGUCGCGAUGGCCGUGCAGCUGCGUCUCUUGUAUACUAUAACCUUCAAGAGCGAGAUCGUAUCUUUGACCGCAUGAGCAGGGAUACGGAGAACAUGCGCAAUCGCGGUGGACCUAAACAUCUCGUUGCUAGUACGAUGAAGAAUCAGGAAGCUCGUCUGGAUAGCUUUAAGAAAGUCGUUCGAUACUGUGAAAGCGUGACGCGGUGUCGACAUGAUUUGAUCAAGGAUUUGUUCGGUGACUUUGAGUUGGAGGAGAUGGGGUCUCAGCAGCCGCCGUCGUCGCAGGCGACUAAGGGAAAUGGAGUUGGUAUCCCGAGUUCAACGCCUUGUGACUACGCUUGUGAUUUUUGCAAGGAGGGCCCUGUGGCUCUGGGGAAACGCAAGAGGAAGAUGUUAUCAUCAACUACUUACAUGAUUGACGAAGGGUAUGUCUGA